UUCUAUCAAUUAUACGAGCAUAUGUUUACUGCACACACAAGUUAAAUCAAUCACAAACAGUGUUGAAAAUUCCCAUGUGGGGAUUCUUUCCCUUCAUUAAUUGAGUUGGAGCCAGUCGGUGUGGGAAGUUAUGUCCUUCACACACUUAGUUUUCUCUUAAUUCUCAAUUCCCCACCAACGAAAAAUCCCUAAAACCCGCCAUUCCCCCGCCAUCCUCUUCGACAAUGGGCGCUUCCGGCAGCAAGAAAAGGCGAAAGCCUUGCCACGAGAGGAGGUGCGUGAGGAACCUGACGGACAAGAUGAGGCUUCUCAACAGCGAGAAAGAAGCGGUGAUGGUGGUGGCGCGCAAAGAGGCGGAGUGGGCGAAGGAGAAGAGGAAGCUGAAGGAGGAAGUGAAGGCGUUGAAGAAGAUGGUGGAGGAGAAAGAGGAGAAGAUUGAGGGAAUGGAGAGGUAUUGGAUGGCGGUUCAGAAGAGUGAUAAGGGGUGGCCAUUGUUGGGGACGAGUUUCUUGUCGGAGCAGCUGAAGGAGGAGAGGGCUAGGAGAGACGAAGUUGUGGAGAAAUGGAAGCAACUGUAUCUUGCCAUUAAAACUGAGCUUGAUGACCUUAUUCAAAGGACUCAUGGUGAUGUAAUCUAUUGGAAAGUAGAGGAAGAGGAGACGAUAGAAGAGAUGAAGAAGGAACUGAAGAUCAAAGAAGAGACGAUAGAAGCCUUGAGAGCUCGAAUAGCUUCAAUGGAGAAGGAAGGGUUUAAGAGGAAACGAGAGAUGGAUAUUCUUAAGCAGAGCUUGAGGAUUUUGGGCAGUAAGAUGAAUGCAGCUUAUGCCACCAAUAAUAAGAUCUCCACUACUCUUGGUCAGUGUUUGUGAAAUUACCCAUCCAACAAAUUUCACUGCUAUAUUGCAUGUAAUAUGUGUAUGAAUAAGUUUUUUUUUUUUUUUUUUGUAAUUUAUGUUUGAUUUUGAUUUUAAUGGGGACUGCAAAUGCUAAAACUCU